AUGAUAUACCAUCAACUUGCAAAUAGAAAGUUGGGACGACUCAGCUCACACAGAAUGCUCAUGCUGAGGACGAUGGUCACCCAACUCGUCAAGCAUGAGCGCAUGAAGACCACACUCCCCAAGGCAAAGGAGCUGACACGAUUCGCAGACAAGCUCAUCACGAUAGCCAAGAGAAACACGCGCGUCGCACACAAGUUGGCCUACGCCAUCGUCACCGAUCGACAGGUGCUGCCUAAGCUGUUCAGAAUGCUGCGUCUGCGCUAUCAGGACAGAGCAGGUGGAUAUACACGCGUGCUCAAGUGCGGCUACCGUCCAUCGGACAAGGCACCAAUGGCGUACAUCGAGUACGUCGAGAACGAUUUGAAGCCACUGCGCGAUCACAAGGCCAACAAUGCCAAGCAUGGCAUUGUACGCGAGAGCGUGCCCGAGGGCAUGAAGUUCUCCUUUGUCGAGAAGGCCACUGGACGUGUCCUCUCAUCUGCAGUCUCACUCAACAAUCGACUAAAGCGUGCAGAGCUCUUCAAACUGGAUCAUGAUCAAGCUGAC